AUUACAUUAGGUGUUUAUUCACAGUAUAGUUGCUGCUGACAGCAGCACAGCCGUGGUGCUGAUUUUCAAACUCAUCCGCUCCUUCUUUCCGCCAAACUGUUAUUCCACCAGAACGUUCUUGUGACGUCAUACUUACCAAAUUAGUUCCCUUCAUGGAACGACCAGAUUGGAGCACCUAUGUCACAAAGGAAGGAUCUAUUAGCAUCAAGAAUAAAGUUCGCACGGCGACUAUUGUCGAAGAAGCCAGCGUUCGCAUCAACUUUGCGUCGCAAGUUGCUGCUGUAGUAGAUGCGCCGUCGAAGGACUCUGCUCCGCAGUCCGCUGCUGGAGAGCUUCGGUCCCAACCUGAGACAGAGCCUCGGAAGAAGGGCCGGGAUGCGUCGUCCACUUCAGAUCAGGAUCGGAAUAUUGCAAGGAGGGAAGGGGCAAAAGCGCAUGACAGUUCGCACUCGGCGAAACAAGAAUCGCCGCUGCAACGGCCACAGCAGCAGCAGCAGCAGCAGCAGCAGCAUAAGCACCAUCAACAGCAGCAGCAGUCUGGAGCCCAGACGAAGCGGCAGAGGCAGGAUGUGUCAUCGCCAGCAUCUGGACAUCGAGACGCCUAUUCCAGGCGCCUUCUUCCCCCAGAGGCGCUUCCCUGGGCGGCGCUGGCGGGGGGCGCGGUGGCAGCAGUCGCAAUGGCAGCAGCAGGUAUACGCAGGUCGCCAGGGCAGCAGCAGCAGAUCCAGCAGGGGCCCAGUUACAGCACCCACCACCACCGAUGCGAGGACGCCCAGCCUCUGCCGUUUCGCCGGCCGUCCGAAGCCUCGUGCUGCACCACUGCUGCGUCGGGGAUACAGAGCGCAGGGGGGAAUGGGGGGAGAGGGGGCAGAUGCAGGGAGGAUGGGGUGAGGGUGAGUAGUCACGGCCGAAGUGAAAGGUCCGGAGGAGGAGGAGCAGGAGGAGGAGCAGGAGGAGGAGCAGGAGGAGGAGGGGGAGGAGGAGGGGGAGGAGAAGCAAGAGCAGCCGGAGCAGGUGAAGCACGAGGAGGAAGGAAGAAGACCACAUGUGAGCGCGCAACGGGCGAGGAGGGGAGCGGGAGUAAAGGAUCAGCAGCCGCAUGCUCCCCUCGCAACUCCACCACCAGUGCUCUUGAACGGGACUUACGAGGUCUCUCUCUCGCAGAGAAGCAAGCACAGGGAUCUGGAGGAGAGUCCACAGCUGCAAUCGGGAUGCGGGAUGCGGCUAAAGCUGCUGCUUCUGCCACGGCUGCUAGACGUAGUAAGGGUGGUGCUUGUGGUGGUGCGUGUGGUGCUGCUGAUGCUGGCAGUGGCAGUGGUGUCAGUGCUGGUGCUCCGGGUGCUCCUAACUCAAGUGAGGAGGGGAAAGACGGCUCUCCUGCGUCUGUGCUCCGCCGCUCCAGGGGCAAGGCAGGGGGGGCGACGCCCCAUAUGUGCACGACAGGGGGAGUGGCGCCUCAUAGGGGCAAGGUGGGUGAAAGAGCUUCACCCUGCUCGACGCACAGCAAGCACGGGACUGGGGGCGGUUCUAGGGGAGGGAAGAGAGAGCACGGGGACUCGGAGGAUUGUGGAGGGGAGUAUGAGGAGGGGGUUCGGGACGAAUGGCACAGGGGAUAUCAGUGGGGCUCGGAGGGAAGGGGCAGAGGACGAGGAGGAGGUGGAGGAGGAGGUGGAGGAGGAGGUGAAGGAGGAGGAGGAGGAGGAGUGGGGAAUGGGGAGGAGGGUUGGGUAAGUGUUGAAACGGGCUCUCUUGCGGCCUCUUUAGAGAGCUCUCCGUACUCUCAAAACGGCUUCCGUUCUGCCUCUACUCAUGGCUUUCCUGCUGGGCGACUUGACGGGUCCACGUCCACCCCAGGGUCAGGGUCUGGCAUUCCUCUUCUUGGGUGUCUCGACAGUUCGACACCAGGGUCGUUCACUGUGUCCCACGUGUCCCACCUCUCUCCUCUGCCGUCUCCCGCUGUCGGCAAGCCGCUUGUGUCGGCCAGCAUGCCGCGUGCCGAAAUGGGCUCUCAGUCCGCUGAAAGGGCUCUAAUCUCAACCAGUACUACCAGUCCUGCUGAAAUGACCUUUGAGUCGGCUGAAAAGCCACUAGUAUCCGGCAGUGGGAGCCGAGCCGAGGUGCUUCGUCUGCGGUCGCAGCUGCGGCGGCGGGACGAUAUAAUCUUUUCCAUGCAGGCGCGGAUGGCGGUCUUGGAGGAGGAGAAGCGGAGGGCGGAGAGUGAGACUGCGAGUGCUGUGGCAGCAGCAGCAGCAGCGAGGGAGGGCGCGAAAGCAGCAGAAUCACAGCUGCAGGGCGAGACGAGGUGAUCUUUUCCAUGCAGGCGAGAAUGGGAGUGUUGGAGGAAGAAAGGCGGAGAGCGGAGGGGAAGAUUGCCGCUGCUGUGGCUGCAGCCACGGCUGCGAGGGAGGAGGCGAGAGCAGCAGUGGCUAGGAUGCGUGAGGCGUUGGAGGAAGCU